ACACACACACGCGCGCGCGCAGGAACGCAUCGGACCAAUGGGAGCGGCGCGGGGGCGUGCGCGCAAAGGUGAGCUGCUUUUUGAGUUUACUAAAUGACUGCAGCAAGAAAUACAGCAGCGUUUGCACGGGCUUACGGGUGAUGGGAGACGCUCUGAGUGUCGCAAUUUCAUUUCUCCUCCAUUUCUGGGUUGCACUGAUUACUGGAAUUCCUUAAAAAAUAAAUAAAAUAAAAUAACAGCUUAAAUAUGAAAUCGAAAACGAGUCGUGUCUCGUAAGUGGACCGGACAAUGGAAGUGGCUUCCUGCAGCAGUACUGGUUCGCCCUUGGGAAACAAACACGCAGGAAAUAAGAGAAUCUGCAGAAGCGCGUCGGUCCGCACCGGCCGGGUUCCUGCGAGCGCGCGCGGCUCCGAAGCGACGCAUUGUGUCCCGGAACGCGUGUCACUGGAUGCGUGAAGAAAUUAAAAACCCUCGCGUGUGUAUUUAUUCCAUAUAAGUUCUGCUGGAAUCGCACCGUGCUGAGGACCUCGAGAGUUUAAAGCCGGACGUUGCAAGUCGGCGUGCACGUGUGAAGCACGGAGGAAUUGACGGCGCUAGAGCAUUUGGCGCGCCGUUAUGGAUUGCACGGAGUGAACGACUGAAACUGAACUGGAUCCGGAGAGCUGCUUCUGAACACGCGAACUGAAGCCUCGCUGGGUGCCAGCCGACAUCCGGUGUAAGGAUCAUGAUCACCUCGUUUCUAUGGUCUUAAAACCAUCCCCUGGCUUACCUUUGGAUCUGGUACCCUAAAAGCGAGCAGACACAAUAGCAAUCGAUCAUCAUCGCAAUUCAGAAAUCGUGCAAGGAAGAGCUCAAAGCUGCCACAAUGUGUAGAUUAAGCGCACUCGGAAUUUAUUUGUGGGAAACCGUAGUGUUUUUCAGCUUGGCAGCAUCCCAGCAAGCUGCAGCACGGAAAGCUGCCUCCCCUAUGCCCCCUUCAGAAUUCUUGGACAAACUCAUGGGGAAAGUGUCUGGGUACGACGCAAGAAUCAGACCUAAUUUUAAAGACCCACAAGGCCCCAAAUCGGAUGGUACUCACAAGAAAGGUCCACCUGUGAAUGUAACAUGCAACAUUUUUAUUAACAGUUUUGGAUCCAUUGCUGAAACAACAAUGGAUUACAGGGUGAACAUUUUCCUGAGGCAGCAGUGGAAUGACCCCCGACUGGCUUACAGUGAAUACCCUGAUGACUCCCUCGACCUCGACCCCUCCAUGUUGGACUCCAUUUGGAAGCCAGAUUUGUUCUUUGCCAAUGAAAAGGGUGCCAAUUUCCACGAGGUUACCACUGACAACAAGCUGCUGAGGAUCUCUAAAAAUGGGAACGUGUUGUAUAGCAUAAGGAUAACGCUGGUUCUGGCCUGUCCCAUGGACCUGAAGAAUUUCCCGAUGGACGUGCAGACUUGUAUAAUGCAGCUGGAGAGCUUUGGCUACACUAUGAAUGAUCUGAUAUUUGAAUGGGAUGAAAAAGGUGCUGUGCAGGUGGCUGAUGGACUGACGUUACCCCAGUUUAUCCUGAAGGAGGAGAAAGAUUUACGCUACUGCACCAAACACUACAACACAGGGAAGUUCACGUGCAUCGAGGCCCGGUUCCAUCUGGAGAGGCAGAUGGGCUACUACCUGAUUCAGAUGUACAUCCCCAGUCUGCUAAUUGUCAUCCUGUCCUGGGUGUCCUUUUGGAUCAACAUGGAUGCUGCUCCUGCUCGUGUGGGCCUGGGCAUCACCACGGUGCUCACCAUGACAACGCAGAGCUCAGGCUCCAGAGCUUCUCUGCCAAAGGUCUCCUAUGUGAAGGCCAUUGACAUCUGGAUGGCUGUGUGCCUGCUGUUUGUCUUCUCGGCUCUGCUGGAAUAUGCUGCUGUCAACUUCAUCGCUCGCCAGCACAAAGAGCUGCUGCGCUUCCAGAGGAGGAGACGACACCUAAAGGAGGAGGAGGCAGGUGAAGGGCGCUUCAGCUUUGCUGCCUACGGCAUGGGCCCUGCGUGUCUGCAGGCCAAAGAUGGCAUGGCCAUCAAGGGCAACAACAAUGCGCCUGCCUCCAGCAUGCCACCUGAGAAGAGCGUGGAGGAGAUGCGCAAGCUCUUCAUCAGCCGCGCCAAGCGCAUUGACACAGUGUCGCGGGUCGCCUUCCCACUCGUCUUCCUCAUUUUUAACAUUUUCUACUGGAUCAUUUACAAGAUCAUCCGCAGCGAGGAUAUUCACAAGCAGUAAAUAUUCCGAGAAAAGGGUGAGAUCCAAGCCGAAAAAGCUGCCGCUGUCGCUGCCCACCGCCCCCUCCUUCCCCUGUGCCCACUUCCUCUCCUCAGCACUCCCUUGCUUUCAGUGCCGAGUCCCUGGCAGAGGUAUUUCUCGAUAUUCAUUUUCUUUCUUCUGUCCUUUUCCUCCCUGUUCUCCUGAAUAAUCUGGACCUGUGCAAUAGCAAUGCAGUAAAAUGCAUGAUAUAUGAAUGUGGCAAUAUAUUUAUUAAAAAAUUAAAAUAAAAAUAAAAAUGGCAACAUAAAUAUUAGACUUUUACAGAUACAUCAGAGAACCUCUGAGCAAACUGAAAUUCAAGGGGAUGUUGCCCCUGUGAGACUUUUUUUGCAACUUGAAGACAUGCUGCAUUAUGGGAAUAUGCAGAGAUUACAUGCAGCACUGUAAUAUAUCAAGUAUUUAAAAGAAAACUCAAAUUAUUUUACGAGAGUUAACUGGAAAACGGAAAGGUUUUAAAGAACGCCAUGUGAUUCGGUGCUUCCAUAAAUAAGUAAUGCAAGAGUCGCUGGAAUAUAUCUAUAUCUAUGUCUAGAUUUGCUUCAAUAUAUGUAUUGCAAGCACUUGUCAAUGCCCAGAAAAACAGGAUGUCAUGAAGAUGAAGUCCUGUCAUGAUGUCACAUUACCGAUGGAAGCUUGACGAGUGACCGUCAAAAAUAUAUUGUUUAUACCAGCUGUGGUCAGUGUGAAUUUUUUGUCCAAAUUACGUCAUUUACUCAUGUGCCAAGUGAACAGCAUGUUGCUGUACCAUUUUCCUCAGCUUUUGUGGUCAACAAGAAAAAAAAGAGAAACUUUGGGCUAUAAACCUUUAUUGCUUUAUUUAUUCAGACAACAGACAUAUUUACAAGCUAUGUAUUAUGACAUGACUGAAACAAGAGGAAAACGUAUGAGAAGUGUUUUAUCUCUCAGCUCCAUCAGUUUGCAUUUUCACACCAUAGACAUCAUAAAAAAAAAAGUGAUCAUUUUCGUCCCCUUACCAGCAUCCUGUUGUUUUCUGCAUCGACAUCGGCUCCAGCAGAGAGUGUUAUUUUUAUAAGCAGCCAGCGCCACCAUACACUUAAUUAUAUAUUUAACAACCAAAUGUGUAUUACUGUGACUUUUAACACUAAAUCAAAGUAUGUAUUGUGCAGCAGACUAAAUAAUUUGCAAUGUAUUUAAAUAAUAGUUUUGGUUACAACAUGCUUCCAUGGAUUAUGUCUUCAUCUGGCUUCUCUAUGCAAUAAGAAGAUAUGCAAUUAUUUUCUAUUUAUUUAUUUAUUUAUUUAUUUAUUUAUUUCCUCAAGUGGCCUAGGGUCAUAUUACCAAAAGUAUAUGUAUGUUGUCUUUCAUUCAUUCAUUCAUUCAUUCAUUCAUUCAUUCAUUUGUUCUCAAAGAAGCACCCAGUCCACUAUGCAUGACGCAGCUACCUUCUUUACAUUAUGCACAUUGGUUUUUUUUGUUUUGUUUUUGCCGUUUUCCCACUUUGCUAAUGUUUUAUUUUCUUGACAGAAAUGAAAGUACAUUCUCACCAUGCAAGGUCCUGGAGGCAGUGUGAAUUAUGAUUCAUUACCAUUCAUGAGAUUGGUGCAGUGUUUCACUCCGUUCUACAUUCUGUUUAUCCGCUUGAUUUGUUUUCUUGGCCAAAGAGUAAUCUCCUUAAAGCGUCGCCACUGCCUUUCAGCUGUGCAAGCGAGUACCUGAUGUAAAGGGUUUAUCUGUUUAUGAGAAAUAAUAUGCAUAGUAACUUUCUCAUUGGUCAGUAUGUUGUUUAUCCCUUGAGGAAAUUUGGUUAGAUCUGAUUUAAAAAAUUGCAACGUUGCAACAUUGCAUUAUAUCGUAUCUAUGUUUCUGCAGCAUUGCAUGGGAAACGUGGUUGAAUUAAUAAGAGGUGUAAUUACUGUAUAAGACCCAUUUUUAUUCAUUUAUAAGUAAGUAUACUUCAAAUAUCAGUUCAUACAUCUGAAAUGAGAAAUGAAUACACAUUAGAGUUGCAUUAGAGUGGGACUGGCAUGGUGUGUCGGAUUGCAAUCAUCACAGAACUUCUCGGUUUAACACUUUUCUUGCUCCAGGACAGAUGAUUCAGCUUGUGCAAGGCAUGAAAAUUGUGUGCCGCACUGAAUCAUGACAGGGGAAAUG